AUGAAUUCCAUCGGCAAUCCGGCAGGUGGGAACUUUUCCGGGGUGAAUUACUUUCAGAAAGGACGGCAUGAAAAUCGGAAUGGUAGAUCUGAAAAAAACCACAAAGGAAAACCGACAAAGGGGGCAAUUAACGGACAGGAAAGAAACAACACGACCAACUUUAACAGGAACAAAAGAAGAGGCAACAGGCAGAAUGGUCGAGAUAGAUCGUUUGGGAAUCGGGGUGUGAAGCAUGAUGAUAAUACUGAUGGGAUUGUGCAUUUUGAAAAAAGUACAAGCACCGGUGGACAAGGCAAGAAGAGCGAACAUUCCGGGCAGAAUGGGCAUGCGAUUUCCCGGAGGAGCAGGGUAGAGCCAGUAUCCGGCAAUCAGAGAAGCACAGAGCCAUUUUCAUCAAAGUUUGUUGGGGCAAUGGUGGAAAAUCCACAAGAUUUGGGAUUUAGAAAAGUGAGCAGAGGGAGUCUUGCAGUGCCAAAAUACAUGCUAAAGACACAGACCCUUUUCGAGAGUUCGCCCUUUGUGCAGAAUGAGUGGGAUCGCAAGAACCAGGAGAUGCUUGCUGCACGGGAAUCGGAGUUUCAAGGAGAUCCCCAGGUGUUGUUUCAAGAAUUUCAGGGAUAUCGCAAAAAAGAGCGGGAGCAGAUGGAAAAGCUGAACUUGGUGGACCAGGAGAACGCAAAAAAGUCGCUCGAUGCGGCAAUCUCGUUUAGGGGAAGCUGCCAGGACAUGUGCCCGACUUUUGAGCGUGUGGAACGAGAAUUUAAGAAUCAGGUGUCGAGAUGGGAGAAAGAACCAAGUACUGGUCGAAUUUCCAAGAUGUUUGCCAUCAAGACCUUCAUGAGACCAUCGGGCCAACCGCCGUCACUUCCGUCGGAUGUCCGGCCGCCGAAAGUGCUCUCAAGAACUCUCAACUACAUCAUUGACAAUCUUUUGGACAAACUGCCAGACUCACAAUCGUUCAUUUGGGAUAGAACCCGGUCCAUCCGGCAGGAUUUCACGUUCCAGAACAACUACUCGGGCAUAGAGUCGAUCGACUGUCACGAAAGAAUCUGCAGAAUCCACAUUUUAUCGCUUCAUGUGAUGGCUGCUGCACACGAUCCCGAUUAUCAGCAACAACAGGAAAUCGAGCAGUUUAACAACUCGCUGCAGACUCUAACGCACAUGUACGAUGAUGUGAGGUCACGUGGUGGCAUAUGCCCCAACGAGGCCGAGUUCAGGGCAUAUGAACUCAUCUCCAAAAUAGAUGAUACAGAACUCGAUCGCAAUCUUCAACGCUUGCCGGACACAAUCAUCUCUGCACCAGUUUUACAGCGUGCAAUAUUUCUCAGAGGCCUAAUUCUGCGUGUGCGUUUUUUCCGCGCAAUUUUCGACGGACAUACUCCAUUUCUACUUGCAUGUCUUGCGGAGAUCCAUUUCAACAUGAUUCGGUACAAUGCACUGAGCAUGCUGGCGAGAUCUUUGCAUUCCAAGGCCAAAAAUAUGCCCGAUGCAAAGGCUUUGAGUGCAGAUCUUGGCUUUGACACAGUUGGCGAAUUUUUGCAAUCUUGUAAACUUUACGCACUUCCAAUCCUAACGGGACCUUCCCAGGAGCCCCAGGUUGAGGUGACUGCUCUAAAAGUGGCCUUCAAGCGGCAUCAGGCACAACCAUACACCAAACGUAUCGACACCAUCCCGCAUCCUGCAACUUAUAAGGAUAUUGUGAAUGGUGGCAUGCCUAACUAUGCAUUAAAUCUCCGUGCUGCCCACUCAUUGGAGGAGGUAGCCAGGUGGAGCUUUCACGAGGGAAAGAGGGCAACACGUGUUGUCAAUGAAAUACUCGAGGGAAACUUCCAGUUGCUGGCUGCAAAGAUGACCGAGAUGCAGUCGGGGGAAAGCGCACCCGUGCACCAGAAUCACACCUCCUUGCACCAGCUGCCAUCUCUUCUUCCGCAGUCUGCACCUGCAUCCAGCACAACUUCGAGUGUCGCGAAUGGAGCAGAAUCCAAGCCUUUGUUUGGUGCUACAAAAACACAACCACAAGAAUUUACAUUUGGCUCGCCAAAGGCACAGACUCCGCUUAAUAAGAAAAUACCAAAAUUCAGAUUUUCUGCAAGUGGUCUUUCGGAUACUGGCAGUGAAGCUCCGCAUACAAUAUUUGCUGCAAAUAAUAAUGCGAAGCCAGCAUUUACGUUUGGGCAGAAUUUGAACAAGAAUGAAAAUACUUUGACAGGAAGCAAUGCCCAAAAUGCGGAAGAUAAGUCUACUGUUAGCAACUCCUUAACCAAGCCUGCUGAAAUUGAGCAGAAAGUCAACGUUAAGCACAAGCUUGUGGAAAACAAGCUUUUUGAUGUAUCCUGCAGGUCACUAGUUGAUACCAUGAUUCACAAAAUAGUUUCAGAAACUACUCAUGAAUUUACGGAAGAAGCAUUCAAAGUGGUAAACGAGGCUGCUAAAGCAAAAGAGGUGAGGCGGGAUACACUUGUUGAAGAGCUUAGUUCGGAACUUUAUGAAGCAUUUGUCCGGGAGCAGAUUUAUCUCGCAGUCUUGAAGAAUAGUGCCGACACAUUUAGAGCCAAAAUGGUCAAAAGCUUCAGUAUUAAAUGCAUAAUGAAGGCCGCAGAACAUGCUUCAAGCAAAUACAAGCAACGGAGAAAGAAGAUAGACGAGAUCAGGCAGUUCAAGCAGCGUUUAGUGGCAGAUGUUCCUCAUUUCAUUACCAAAAAACCGGUGCUGAAAGCCACACGGAGUCCAUAUUUGCCUAAGGACAACUCUGGCAGUAUUGACAUUGAAAGUCUACUUACAAAGUGCUGCAAGGAGGAUGGAAAGCUCAAGAUGCUAUUUAUUUGGAGGGAUUGCGAGGACACAGCUUCGAAAUGGCUUAUUGGGAAAACAGGCCUCAAAAAAUCAUCGGAUGGAGAAAACAUAUUUAAAGGAUUUAAAUCUGCAAGUGGAACAUCUUUACAGAUGGAGUCGUUGUCGGACUCCUUUACCCCAAAGAGAGACUUCAAGGAUAUAGACUUUGUGAUCAUUCAGAUUGGAACCAUUGACCAGGACAGGAACAAUAACUGUAAGCUUAGCGACAAACUUUUGGUGGAUUCAAAAGUUUUGGCCAAGGUCAUGAGCUAUUUGUCAAAAUUCAACAAGCAGCAUUUCACAUCCAUUCUUCUUACCUUUUUUUCGUUUCAAAGUAAUGAGAAUAUGGACGAUCGUGUUGCCGCAUACUUAAAACUCGACAGCUACAAUGGCAAAUCGGCAAAUGUCAACGUCAAGCUUGUCAACUUAUCACAGAUAUACAAAUUUCAGUAUCGCCAGAUGAAGGAAAACUUAGAGACUGGACUUGUGGAUAUGAUGAAGCAGGAACACAAACAAAAAGCAAAGCGUGAAUCUGCCAGUGCGAUGCAGAGUACAGCAUCAAUGAAUACUACCACAGAAUCGAAUGUUGGAACCUCAUUGGUUAAUCUUGUACGUCCUACCACACAUACACAUAAAUUUGAUGAGAGAAAAGUGGCAUACGUGAAGUCACAGUUGUCACAGACAGGGAAAAAGAUGUUCAAGGUUAGAUUUAAAAGAAGAAAGCUACAAAAUGAAGCAUAUCAAAGCACCGACUACGAUCUUACAGGUGAUCAAUCCAAUUCCAGCAGCUCCAUAUCCUUGCUUUCCAACACAUCUGUUCCAAUUUCAACGGGCCACUUUAAGUUGCAGACAGAUAAAGAAGCCGCAAGCGAAAAGACGAGAAGUAUAAUCGAAGAGUUGAACAAGCUGAGCGAUGAGGUUCUCAAAGAUUAA